UCAUGAUGGCGGCUCAACAAACAUUCAGUACAUGUAUUCAGCUAGUUCACGAUUCAGUACUGCUCGGAUCGUGCCAGUGUCGAGACGCUGUCGCGGUGCUACCAAUAGUUGAAAUUCGGCAUCGUUCCGUGUUUCGUUUCGGCCAGUGAUAAACAGAAGUGUUGAAUUAGAGUGUAAAGUUGUGUGGUUAUGUGGCGGCGAGUGAUAUGACAUCGUGCGCCGCCAGACGGACACCGGCCGUCUUCAUGAGGAUACUGGUGACAGAGCUGGCCCCGAGAUCAUGGUGGCUCCCGAUUCCGAGGCUCCUUCGAAUCCUCGGAUAGCGGCAACGAACGAGACUCCCUCAACAGCCGAGGCGCGACAUAGCGCUGAUCUUUACAUACGAACCAGUUGGGUUGACGCUGCAUUAGCUCUCUCGGAACUUGAAAAGGGUAACAUUGAAGGAGGUCGGACUUCACUGUGGAUCAGGGCCUGGCUUCAGGAGCAGCUGUUUAUUUUGGGCUGUUUCCUACAAGGCGACGCUGGGAAAGUUCUGUUCGUGGCUGUCCUAGUUCUAUCUACUUUCUGCGUCGGCCUCAAAUCAGCCCAGAUUCACACGAGGGUCGACCAGCUGUGGGUUCAAGAGGGUGGUAGGCUGGAAGCUGAAUUGAAGUACACGGCUCAGGCCCUGGGUGAGGCGGACUCCUCCACCCACCAGCUAAUAAUACAGACCGCCAAAGAUCCAGACGUUUCGUUACUACACGCUGGAGCUCUGCUUGAACACCUAAAGGUGGUACACGCAGCGACCCGUGUUACGGUUCACAUGUACGAUAUUGAGUGGCGUCUGAAAGACCUCUGUUACAGUCCAAGUAUACCAGACUUUGAAGGUUAUCAUCAUAUCGAGUCCAUUAUUGACAACGUAAUCCCUUGUGCUAUAAUAACACCAUUGGACUGCUUCUGGGAGGGAUCAAAGUUACUCGGUCCGGAUUAUCCUAUUUUUGUACCUCAGUUGAAGCACAAGUUUCUAUGGACUCAUUUAAAUCCGCUAGAAGUAUUAGAGGAGGUGAAGAAGUUGAAGUUUCAAUUCCCUUUGAGUACGAUGGAAGCGUACAUGAAGCGGGCUGGCAUCACGACCGCCUACAUGAAAAAGCCAUGCUUGGAUCCCACCGACCUCCAUUGUCCAGACACGGCGCCCAACAAAAAAUCCGGCCACAUUCCAGAUGUGGCUGCGGAGUUGUCUCACGGUUGUUACGGAUUUGCCGCUGCGUACAUGCACUGGCCGGAGCAGCUGAUAGUGGGGGGUGCGACGAGGAAUUCCACGUCAGCCUUACGCAGCGCCCGCGCCCUGCAAACAGUUGUACAAUUGAUGGGAGAGAGGGAAAUGUACGAGUACUGGUCGGAUCACUAUAAGGUGCAUCAGAUUGGAUGGAAUCAAGAGAAGGCAGCCGCUGUUCUGGACGCCUGGCAGCGAAAAUUUGCUGCCGAAGUUAGAAAAAUUACUACCUCAGGCUCAGUUUCUGCAGCAUAUAGUUUCUACCCAUUUUCGACAUCGACUCUCGAUGAUAUACUCGGAAAGUUCUCUGAAGUGUCAUUGAAGAACAUUAUUUUAGGAUACAUGUUUAUGUUAAUUUAUGUUGCUGUUACGUUAAUACAAUGGCGAGACCCCAUACGAUCGCAGGCCGGCGUCGGUAUAGCCGGCGUUAUGUUAUUGUCUAUAACUGUUGCUGCUGGUUUAGGAUUUUGUGCUUUGUUAGGCAUACCAUUCAACGCGUCAAGUACACAGAUAGUUCCAUUCUUAGCUCUCGGACUCGGUGUUCAAGAUAUGUUCCUUCUGACUCACACUUAUGUGGAGCAGGCUGGUGACGUACCGAGAGAAGAAAGGACAGGACUCGUGUUGAAGAAGAGUGGUCUUAGUGUGCUGCUGGCAUCAUUGUGUAAUGUGAUGGCAUUCCUUGCCGCUGCCCUCCUACCCAUACCAGCUUUCAGGGUUUUUUGUUUGCAGGCCGCGAUUCUUCUUCUGUUCAACCUUGGCUCAAUGUUGCUCGUGUUCCCCGCCAUGAUCUCCUUGGAUCUUCGACGAAGAUCCGCGGCGAGGGCGGAUCUAUUAUGUUGUUUACUACCAGAAAGUCCUAUGCCGAGAAAGAAAAUUCCCGAUAGGACCAAAUCGAGAAACAGCAAAAACGAUAAGAAUAACAGGCUAGACACCUCGAGACAGCCGUUGGAUCCAGAUGUCACGGAACAUGAACAAAAAACGUGCUGUCUCAGUCUUUCGCUUACGAGAUGGGCCAAAAACCAAUACGCGCCCUUCAUUAUGCGUCCCGCUAUUAAGGUCACAUCGAUGUUGGCUGUGAUAGCAGUGAUAUUAGCGAGCGUCUGGGGAGCCACGAAAGUAAAAGACGGCCUGGACCUUACAGACAUAGUACCUGAGAACACGGACGAACACGAGUUCCUGUCGAGACAGGAAAAGUAUUUCGGUUUUUACAACAUGUACGCCGUGACUCAAGGGGACUUCGAAUAUCCGACGAACCAAAAACUGCUAUACGAAUACCACGAUCAGUUCGUGCGAAUACCAAACAUUAUAAAAAAUGAUAAUGGCGGCCUCACGAAGUUUUGGUUAAGUUUAUUCAGGGAUUGGUUGUUGGAUUUACAAGCAGCCUUCGACAAGGAAGUUGCAAGCGGUUGUAUAACACAGGAAUAUUGGUGCAAGAAUGCCAGCGACGAGGGCAUUCUGGCCUACAAACUCAUGGUCCAAACUGGCCAUGUUGACAAUCCGAUCGACAAAUCCCUUGUAACCGCCGGUCACAGAUUGGUCGAUAAAGAUGGAAUUAUAAACCCGAAGGCUUUUUACAAUUAUCUAUCGGCAUGGGCCACGAACGACGCGCUAGCGUAUGGAGCUUCACAAGGAAAUUUGAAACCUCAACCCCAAAGAUGGAUUCACUCUCCCGAAGACGUGCACUUAGAAAUUAAGAAAUCGUCGCCAUUAAUAUACGCCCAGCUGCCAUUUUAUUUAUCCGGUCUCAGUGAUACAGACAGUAUUAACCUCAUAAGAUCAGUUCGAGAACUGUGUCUGAAGUAUGAAGCUAAGGGUCUCCCUAACUUCCCGUCUGGGAUUCCUUUCCUGUUUUGGGAGCAAUAUUUAUAUUUGAGGACAUCAUUGCUGCUGGCUUUGGCAUGUGCUCUGGCAGCUGUUUUUAUUGCUGUGAUGGUAUUAUUACUGAACGCGUGGGCGGCGGUGUUGGUGACGCUGUCGUUAGCGAUGCUGGUGUUACAACUCCUCGGUGUAAUGGCUUUAUUGGGAGUCAAGUUGUCAGCGGUUCCAGCUGUCCUGCUCGUGCUGGCUGUAGGACGAGGUGUCCACUUCACCGUUCACUUAUGUCUGGCAUUCGUAACAUCAAUAGGCUGUAAGCGGCGCCGUGCGUCCUUGGCGCUCGAGUCCGUGCUCGCGCCUGUCGUCCACGGAGCCAUAGCCGCCGCCCUCGCCGCCUCGAUGCUGGCUACCAGCGAGUUUGGUUUUGUCGCGCGACUCUUCCUGAGACUGCUGCUUGCCCUCGUUGUUCUUGGGCUGCUCGAUGGAUUGCUGUUCUUCCCUAUAGUGUUGUCGAUUUUGGGUCCAGCUGCUGAGGUCCGUCCAUUGGAACACCCGGAGCGACUAUCGACGCCGUCUCCUAAAAGUUCUCCAGUACAUCCUCGCAAGUUAAUAUCCGGGGAGAAGUCGAGUCGCACCAGUAAGUCAGCUCCACGGCCGAGUGCGCCGUCCUUGACCACUAUAACCGAGGAACCUUCCAGCUGGCACAGUUCGCAUUCAGUACAGUCCUCGAUGCAGUCUAUCGUGGUUCAACCUGAAGUGGUCGUGGAGACUACUUACAAUGGUAGCGACUCCGCCUCAGGAAGAUCCACACCAACUAAGACUACGCAUUCCGGAGCCAUUACUACUAAGGUGACUGCGACGGCGAACAUCAAAGUGGAAGUGGUCACACCCAGCGACAGGAAGUCGAGGCGGUCGUAUCACUACUACGAUCGUAGGAGAGAUCGGGAUGACGACAGGGAUAGGGACCGGGAUAGAGACAGGGACAGAGACCGGGACAGGGACAGGGAUAGGGAUCGACACCGGGAUCGGCACAGGGAUGAGAGGGAACACCGAGCCUCCCCCAGAGAAAACGGAAGGGAUUCCGGUCAUGAGAGCGAUUCCUCCCGACAUUGACAACAUUACACGAGCCAUAAAAACAAUUAAUUUGUCAGCGACAUAUUUAACACAAAGAAGCUCUAAGUUGGUGCGGAAGAACACACAAGGACGAAUACAUUAUUCAGGGUUGUGCUAUAACGAAAAUAAAAAACAGAAAUAAUAAUAUAAAAAUCUAUCCAGUGCGGGUAUAAGUUGAGAUUAAGUACGUUAAUAUGUUUUAAGGGCUGCGGCGCCGUAACGGACUCCUUAAGGCAGUAUUACGCGGAUAUUCACUAGAUGGCGCUGAUUGCUAUAGUGGAGGCUAUAUGACUGUGUUACAAGGGCCGGUAUCAAAUGUAUUACUGAGGUACAUGAUACUGAAAUCAUUCCAUAUCAUGACUCCAAUAUGCUUAUUCUGAGUUUUCAUCUUCACUAUACACGAGGAAUUUCACGUAUCUCAUUCAAUAGCCUAUAUUGUGUGAGGAUUUCUUAAUAAAAAAAACUGGCGACUAUCCGUAUGUAGUGUGACGGUGGUAACUCAGAGUAAGCAUAAAGAACUGUGGAGAAGAUGCGAGAUUUUUUUUUUAUAUAAUUAAUUUUUAAUGUAUAGACCAAAUACCAAUUUGAAACCAUCGUAAAUAUAUUACGUUUAUUUUUUUCGUGUUCCUAUUUUAAAGACAUCCUCCAUUUUUUUUUGUGUCAUGUUUUUUUUUUGUUACAAUUUCACGUCUAAGACUGUGGUCGAAUAUUUUUAAUAAUUUAAUAUAUUAUUUAUUACGUGUCUAUAAUUAUAUUAAUCUCACCAGAAGAAUCUGCGGAAUAACUCAGAUUUAUUGUACAAAUUAUUUAAGUAGAUUGUAUAUUAGAUAAGGCAUUUAUUUAUGAGAUUACUAAGAUUUUUUUAUAUAUAUAUACCUAACUGUAUUGUUGUGAUCUUGUAAGGUCGCUACGUUUAUUAAAAAGACUGCAUUACUAUCGAAACUCGAACUGUUAGCGUGAGUUAUACGGACCGCUGGUCGAGAACAUCGUGGGGUCAUAUCAUGAGCAUUCAAGCUGCGCCUUGGACAAUACGAUCAAGGCCGUGAUGUGCCCUUUGACCCGAGUUGAAAAUCUGACCUCAGUUAAUAAAUUUAGUGAUUAGUGUUGUGACAUUUUGUGCAGAGUACUUAUUAGUUUAUAUUAAUUUAUGCUUUUGUAACUAAAUGUUUUGUAAAUAUAGUUCAUAGUUAUAAAGCGAUGCCAACGCACAAACGACGAAAAAUGUUUUUUUUUUUAAUUUUUUAAUCGGUAUAUUUUUAUACAUUUUUUUUUAGCUGACAUAUUGUCGAAAAACAUUAGUUAUAUCAGAAUUAUGCGUUUCAUUUGCUGUUAAUAAAGUAGAAAUCAAAUAUAAAA